AUGUUAAUCUAAUUUGUAGUCAUCUUUAUAACAACUAUUUUAAUGUUAAUAAGCAAUCAUACAAAUGAAAUCAAUAAUUUAUGCACAUUGUUAAUUAUAUUCCUAUUUGUUCUAUUUGGAUGUACAUUAUAUAAACAAAAAUAAUUUAUUGAUGUUAAAAAAAGAUUUAAUAAUAAUGUCCAAGAAUAUGAAUUAAACUAGAAGAUCUAUGAAUCUACCAUCAAAUUCUAUUACUUCUAUACUAAUUAAUAAUAAUUUAAAAUUAUUAAAUGGAUAUAUUUAUAUAUAUCAUUCAAUAUUUUACUCAUAAAUUAAAACUUUAUUCUCAUAAAAUAUUAAGAUUCACAUAUUUAAAACGAUAAUAUAGAGAUUUCAUAAUCUGAAUAUUUGCUAAAUAUAAUUAAUAUCAUAAUUGAAGAACCAAUGCUUAGUGUUUUAUUCAUACUUAGUUCAAUAAUAGCUUUUAUUUUUAUCAUAUUAGAACUAUUAAAAUUAUUCUUUUUUAUUUUCUUAAUCUAUUAAGAACGUUCCAUUCCGAUUUAUUAUUACAAACAUUAUAAUAUCAGUAUUUAUAUUUACAUAAUUUUAGAAAUUUCAAAAACUGUUACUAAAGCUUAGAUAUUUUGUUAAAUAUCUAUUUUUAAUAAUCUAAGUAAAUCAAUAGCAUUAAUUAUUUUUCUGAACUUUACAGAAAAUUAAACUUCUUAUCUAUUAAUUGGAUCAAGUAUCUUUUAUCAUUUAAUUAUGAUCAUAUUUUAAAUUAAAUUAUUUUAAUAAAUUAAUCAUUUUGCUUCAAUAUAUUAAAAUGUGAAUGAUAUAAAAUCAAUUAAGGAUUAAAAUUUAUGUUUUGAUGAUCAUUUUAUGUUUAUAGAUUCAAUAUUAAAGAUUAAGAAUUUUUUAAAUAAACUCUUUUAGUUUUUCCUUAUAAUUUGUGUAAUAUUGACUAUAAAUGGAAGUAUUUUUUAUGAUAGAAAAUUAAUAAAUAAAUUCUCUUAUGAUGGUUUCAUUUAUUUUGAAUGUGGAUUAUUUUAAUUGGUAAUACUUACCUUAUUGAUUAUUGAAUAUAUUCUAAAACCAUUUUGUUUUAAUUUAAAUUUUUAAGAGUGCUUGUAAAAUUAAACCUAAGUUUUUUAGGAUCAAGAAUUCAUAUAAAUUGUUCCAAAAUCGAUAGAAAAAUCCCUUUAAUAAAUACCACUUAAAACAGAUCAUUUUACUACAAAUUAAAGAAUGAAUAUCUAAAGAAACAAUAGUUUUAAUUAACUAUCCUUUGUGUCCCUUACAAAUAUCAAAAAUUAUUUUAUUUAUAAUGUGGAUCUGUAAAAUAAAAUAGUUGAUUGUACAAUUUGUUUAGAAUAAAUGACUGAUAAUCAAUUAGAGAUUGUUUAAUUAAAAUGUCAUAAUACUCACAUUUUUCAUGAGAAAUGUAUAAGAGAUUGGUUAUCAUAAAAUAAAAAUUGUCCACUUUGUAAUACAAAAUUUAUGAUUUAGUGA